AUGAAACAUCUGAAGCAACUCUUACAAAAGAAAUUUCAUCUCCUGAGAAGAAAAUUGUCAUGCCACCCGAAGUUUCGAGAUUUGAAUCAAGAAGCUCCAAAAUCUACUCAAGGUACUCUUGUUAUCUUUCCCAUUAACAAUGUCACCAAUACCAUCGUUUCAUCACCAUUAUAUAUAAUUCCCAAUCCAUCUAUCACCUAUUCACGCACUUUCACUCAAAUACUUAAUCAACCAUUCACUACAUUGUUUUCUUCCCAAUUCACUGAUCCACCAAAAUCGGAUGAGCCACCCACUCAUAGUGAAGAAUCUGAAAAUGAAGACACAGAAUUUGGUUGUAUGUUCACAGACCUUGAAUUUGAUGAGGAAGAAGAAAAUUUUCCUGAUCACAUGCUAAUGUCGAUGAAGCAGUUUAAGAUUAUGAAUAAAAAGUUAAAUUCAGUCACUCAAUCUCAAGUUGAUAUGGGGGGAAAUUCAGAAUCUCAACUUUUGGAAAAGGUGGACCAUUCUGAUCAGAAUAAUGAGUUAGGUGUGAACUCUCAGGCUUCAAAGUUUAUGGGGGCAGUGAAAGAAUUAAAACAAGUUGCAAAAGAGCGACAUACUCUGUUUAGUCUUGAUGUGAAGAAGGUUAUAGAAGAUGAGAAUUUUAAGCUUCAAGAGCUUCUUGACGAUAUGUAA